AUGGAGUUAAUUUGUUCUUUUGAUAAAGGUUUUACACAAUUUCGUCCUGCAUCAUCGUCCAUCCAUACUACAUCAUGCGUUCUGAAAUAUAAUCGUAAUCGUAAGCCUAAGAGAGACCCCAAUUUGUUGACUCCUUUGGAUCCUGAGGAUAAAAAUUUUAAAAUUGAAAAAGCGCUCAAUCAUUUAAAAAAAAAAUCUGAUAUAAAUAAAUGGGCCAAUCCAAAAAAACUUUUCGAUGUUGUUGAUGACGAUUUUACACAAAAACAACCAAAAUUAUCUGACGAUUUGUUUGAAAAAAAGACAAAUUCUUCCCUAUCGCAAAUUGCGAUGGAAUAUGAUCUAAAUCCCAUAGUUGAUUCGGUUGCUGAAAUUGACCUUUUUCCAAAAGCAAUGCCAAAAGACAUGUCUAUAUAUCCACUUCGACCACCAAUAGUGACCAUUAUGGGGCAUGUCGAUCAUGGAAAAACUACAUUGCUAGAUGCUUUGCGGAAAACAUCAAUAGCAGCUAGUGAAUUUGGCGGAAUAACUCAGCACAUUGGUGCUUUUUCUGUUUCAUUACCAUCACAAAAUACCAUUACAUUUCUUGAUACUCCUGGCCAUGCUGCAUUUUCUGCUAUGCGUUCUAGAGCAAUAAAGCAUGCUAAGGAUGCUGGAGCAAUUAACAAGAUUGAUAAACAUAAUGCAAAUGUGAGAAAAGUACGCGAUUCUCUCAUGAGGCAUGGUAUAGAACUUGAAGAGUUUGGAGGUGAUACUCAAUGUGUUGAAAUCUCUGCCUUAACUGGAAAAGGUUUGGAUACAUUAGAAGAAGCUAUAAUAGCAUUGGCAGAGUUAAAUGACUAUCGUGCUGAAGUUGAUAUUGAAGCAGAAGGUGUUAUUAUUGAAUCACAAAUAGAAAAAGGCAAAGGUAAUGUUGCGACAGUAUUGGUUAAACGCGGAACCUUAAGGCAAGGCGAUGUUAUUGUAGCAGGCACUAGUUGGUGUAAAGUUCGAAUGAUGAGCGAUUAUAAAGGGCAAUCGCUUAAGCAAGCACCACCUGGCACCCCCGUAAAAGUCAUGGGUUGGAGGGAAACGCCAAACUCUGGUGAUGAAGUCCUUCAGGCUAAAGAUGAAGAACUUGCUAAAACUGUAGUUGCUAAUCGAUUGAGAAAGAUAGAACGUGAGAAUCAGAUAAAAGAUCUAGAAGUUAUUAAAGAAAAGAGGAGGCAGCGUAAGAAGGAGCUAGAAGUUGAUCAGGCUGCGAUCAGAGAUUUCAAAAGGAAAGUAUGGAUGUUUCAUCGUGGGAUGAUUAAAGAAUACCCUACUAUGCCAUCACCACCGUCUUCAAAUAUGGAAGUAAAGCCUGAUGAAAACCAAAUAAAAGAAUUAAGAUUGGUUCACGUGAAUGUGGUAGAUUCUGGAGUGGGUGAUGUUAGCGAGUCAGAUGUUCAAAUGGCUGCUGCAGCACAGGGAGCAAUAUUAGGAUUCAAUGUUAAGGUUGAUAAGAGAGCAAGUUCUUUAGCUCAAACAGAACAUGUUGAAAUAAUGUGUUACAAUAUCAUUUAUAAACUUUUGGAUGGUAUAAAAAACAGGUUAAGUAAGAUGUUACCACCUGUAUUGGAAACAAGUAUUACAGGUGAAGCAACAAUAUUACAGGUUUUUCAGAUCAAUGUUAAAAAUAGAGAAUUUAGGCCAGUGGCUGGUUGUAGAAUUGUUAAUGGAGCAAUUUUUAAGAAUCAAAAAGUGAGAAUAACAAGAAAUAACAAACAAAUAUGGGAAGGUCCAUUAGAAUCAUUAAAACACCUAAAAAAAGAUAUUAUGGAGGCAAAGAAAGGAUUAGAAUGUG